GUGUAGCUUCCCCCACAGUAGCCCUAAUAAACUCGACAAAAAGACAAUCCUAUUUAUCUCCCCAUUCGAUAACAACUUCGCUUCCUCCAACCUUCUCUUCCUUUCCUCGUCUCUGAUCUGUAGACCCUAAUUAUCCACAAUCGCCGCUCAUCAGAUCUCCCUCCUCCCACUCGUCGACACUCCCAGCUGAAAUUGACCAAUUCCGUUUCUGGGUUUUUAUAAAAAUCAAUCCUUUAUAUCUCUCAUCAUCUGAAUCGAGGAGAUAAGAUGUUUGGUGGUGGAAACAGGAGAGACGAAGGAUCGAUGCCGAUUCAGAACACAAACUUGUUCGCUGCUCUGGAUACUCGGAAGAAGAAGAAGAAGUCCGAUAAGAGCAAAGGCUCUUCUUCAUCGCGUCAAGAUCCGGUGAAGGAGCCUGAGCCACAGGUCUUCUGGGCUCCUACGCCUCUUAAAGCUAAGGCUUGGGCGGAUAUCGAUAGUGAUGAUGAAGAUGAUGACUAUUUCGCUACCACUGCUCCUCCUAAGGCCUUGUGGAGUACCUCUGAUGCGUCUCAUGAGGAUGCUAAAGAGGUUCACGUUGAGGAAAGUGAGAGUGAAGAGGAUAUACUUGAGGAAGGUGAUGAUGAUGAUGAUUUGGAGGAAGAGAAUGAGACGCAAGUUCAUCCAGAAGCAGAGGCUGAGGUGAAGAAGGCGGCUCCUGAAGUUGCUGCACCACCACCUAAGGAGGCAGAGAGGCAGCUUUCCAAGAAAGAGAGGAAACAGAAGGAACUUGCUGAGUUAGACGCUUUGUUAGCUGAUUUUGGAGCUGUACCCAACAAUGGUCAACAAAACUCUCAAGAUAAGCAAGAGAAGAAAGAAGCGAAUGGAGAGAAGAAGGAGAACACAGCCGGAGAAUCGAAGGCUUCAAAGAAGAAGAAAAAGAAGGAUAAACAGAAGGAGGUAAAAGAAACUCAGGAUGAAGUGAAGAGCAACUCAGAUGCUGGUGCCGGUGAGCAAGGGGAGGAGGAGGGUUCAUCUUCCAUGGAUAUGAAAGAACGGAUAAAGAAGAUGGCUUCCAUGAAGAAGAAGAAAUCAAGCAAGGAGACGGAUACUGGAGCAAAAAUUGCAGCACAAGAAGCAGCUGCGAGGAAGGCAAAGCUGGAGGCAGCAAAGAAGAAGAAAGAGAAGAGUCACUACAAUCAGCAGCCUGUGAGAUGAAACCAAUCACCCCACCCACCCCGUUUUGAUGAUAUGAACAUGUGUUUCUUCCCUCCUUUUUGCAGGGAAUGUGGUUGGGAUCAGAGAGUACUUUUAGAGACAUAUGACUUUGGUCUUUUUGAAUUAUGUUUUAUACAAUGGGUACAUGAAACAAGAUAAGCUUUCUCUUUUGAACUUUUUGCUCUUUCUUUCUAUUGGAUUAUCUUUGUGUCCUCUCUACUCUCUGCCAUCAGAUCCUAUCAAGGUGCAUUAUUUGAUUGCGAAUCCUCUAAUGGUGGAAUGUUUUGCAACAUUUUU